AUGCCCAAAAUCACCAAAACCGCCGCGUGCAAUUGCGGCCAGGUGCAGGUGUCGGUGACGGGAGAUGACAAGGAGGCUGUCCAUUGCUACUGCACCAACUGCCAGCGGGCCACGGGCAGCGCGUUCGCCCACAACCACCGCUUCAUCGAUGCCGAGCUCACCAUCACCAAGGGCGAGGAUGUGCUGAAGCAAUACGCCGACGCCAACACGGAUUCCGGGAACGUGAUGUAUCGACACUUUUGCGGGAAUUGCGUACGUUUCCAAAAUGGAGGCGUGCAGACGGACAAGGGCUGCCCAAUGUUCCUCAGAUCCAACGUGGUGCCCAGCUUUGUGGCGUUGCAUGAGGGCUCCAUCCGGGGCGAGAAGACGCAGCCGGUCAUUGAGCUAUACCCGCAGGAUAAGCAUGCUUGGUUUGGGAAGGUUACGGCGGGAGAGAGGAAGACGACUCCAUUCCCUUGGGAUCCGGAUGCGAAGUAG